AUGUGCCUUCUGGGGCUUUCGGGGAUCUUCUUCGAGAGACUCGGAGCCCGAGGUUCACCGGAUAUGAUGUCUAACACGAAGGAAGAGACGGAGGGGAUGAGUUUGAAACUGAAACGAUACCUUAACCACGGAGUAUCAUCGCCGUGUUCCUUACCCCCUGCAUCUGGAGUUUCCACCCACCACGUACCGCAAACGUAUCACAGUCCUUUGAUAAUUCCGACUUAUCACCAGACGCCGAAGGUGGUAACAGCGGAAUACCAAAAACCAGUGAUUCCGAAAAUGAUCUACCAGACGAUUCAGAGACCGGCAGUACAUCACGAAGCGUACAACGUUGAAGCCAAACACCAGGUUCAGUACAUCCAGCAGCCGAUUUACGCUCCGACUGUAAAAGAGCAGCCGAUUUCUUACGUGAAGCCGAUUCAGCAUAUUCAGCCAGUGCAGCUUAUUCACCCGGUAAAAACGCCGCUUGUCAAAGAGAUUCCAUGCGAAGAUAGUAAGCAUUUGGGAAUGUUCGUUGUUCCCAGUAAACCGACGAUCAAACCGCCGAUGCAAACGCAGUCCUAUUACCCGAAGCAGGUGUUCCAACAGAUCUCUUACCUGCCUCCAAAACACCUGACACAACCUAAACCGAUCUAUUUCACCCCAGCUCACACGAACAAGCAAACCAGCCCGGGUAUUGUUUAUAAAACAGCCCAACAACCAAUCGUCAAGGUUUCUGCAGCAGCGUCGCCGCAUGCUGACUGCGAGAAAAUGCAUCAACCUCGGAUUUCUUACGUAAACAUACAUCAGCCAAUCGUGCAGAAUGCUCACCAGCCAAUGCUUCAAUACGCCCCAAACUAUCAUAAGCCGAUGCUGCAUUACGUGCAGAAAAUACAUCAACCGGUGCACCAGUCGAUGGUUAAUUACGUUCAAAAGAUCCAUCAACCCGUGGUUCACGUGGCGCCGAAAAUCCAUCAGCCAAUUGUACACCAACCGAUAGUUCACAUUCCGGUAAAAAUUCAUCAACCUGCGGUGCAGAAUGCGGUUGUUCACUACGCGCAACAUCAUGUAUCACCUGUUACGCCACGAGUUGAUUACGCGGUCGGAGGACAUUAUCAGUCAAGAAUCGUCAAUGUUAAUCAACCUUGCCAUAAAUGA